AUGUUCUCGGAUGCUCCUGGCAGACUCCCGUUCCCACCACCGAUCCCUGGUAUGCCGCCUGUUAUUCCGGGAAUGCCAGGCAUGCCACCCAUGCCACCUCCGAUUGCGAUGAGUAUGGGAUUUCCACAUGCCCUUCCUCCUCCACCUCCUACAGCAACUCCCAUGCCUCCACCUCCUCCACCGCCUGUGCCGCCAACUCCGGGCUUGACUCCGAGACCUCCUCCUCCGCCGAUGUCGGCUGGAGGAGCUCAGUGGAACAUGCCUCCUCCGCCGCCAACACAAACUCCAACAAUGCCUACACCACCACCUCCACCUCCUUCGCGUGGAACAUCAUCGUUCGUGCCGCCACCUCCUCCUUCCAGUAUUCCUCCUUCGGGACCACCAGUCCCACCGGGUCCGCCGGGUCCUCCUCCGCCAAGCGCCGCUCCUCCCGGAAUGAUGCCACCCCCACCG